GAAGUGUGUUUAGAAAGUAGAUGCAGAAGUAUAUGAAAGCAGCACAAUUAUAUUGUUAUGGUGUGUUGAUAGUUACAGACGUGAAAAAAGGUUGUUAUUGAUUGCAUUCUAUUCCAAGUUGACGCGCUCGUCUGGCUCAAGAGUUGAGUCACAGUUACAACUUUUUCACUCGGAGAGAAGCAAUUCCAAGAAGAGCACACAAAGCGACGACAAACAACAUUAUUCUCCUCGUUUCAGGCAUUUGUUUAUUUCGAUUGACCAAACAACUGUUUUACUUACUGUGAAAGCAUACGGAAGAGGAGGAGAAAGGGGUGAAAAUGGCAAGCACCAAGCUGGCUGGUUACGAAGAAACGGUCAUUUGUCCGUAUAACAAAUGCCAUGUGAUUUUGAAGCAUCGUUUUCAAACUCACUUGAUCAAAUGUGCACGAAGCUACCCAGAAAUUGUUUUGGAAACGUGCCCAUUCGAUGUUACUCACCGUUAUCGCAAGGAGGACUUGCAAGCACACGUGGAAGAGUGUCCAUCGCGUGAGAAUUUCGAUCGAUAUGUGUACAGCGUGAGCAACGGUAAUGGACCAAAGGUACCACCUGUUGAACCGACACCACGACCAAAACCACCGCCACCGAAAAACGAUGACGAUGAAGAUUGGGAUCAUUACAAUACGCCAACGUACGAUCCACAAAAAUACGCAAUGAAUGCGAAGGUUCUGCGCACACCAGGCUUGAUGACACCAUCCGAACGCCGCAAGUUUGCCGAUGCCGAGCGCAAGCGGUUAAGCCAAAUCGAUCGUCGUCAGCAAUGAACACGUACAAAAAGUUGAUUUGAUAACGCAAAACCAUUUUAAUUGUCACAUUCUAUGCAAACAGAAGAAAUGACCCAAAUGGUAAAAUUAUCAGAAAAUUUGACAAAACAAUUUACACAAAAUAUCGAUUUCAAUACGAUAAAAUAAAAAAAACUUUAAUUUUGUUAACAAAUCAAAUCUCCUUUAGACGGGGAAGUUUAUAUUUUCUUAAAUAAAAUUUGAAGAAUAAAUUAAAAAAAAAA